CAAUGUUGCCAAAAGUAUCAGGCAGUUUGUCCUUCAUUGGUAUUGGACCGUAAAGUUUUUGUUAUUUAGCUUCCUAUCUGCAAUUACAAUCGCGUUCGUUAAUAGCUUUCGGCUUUGAAUUGAAAAGUAUUAUUGGUUUCCCGGUGAAAGAUCUGUUCAGUUAAUAAUUUUGGCCUGCAAGAGUUUUAUGAGUGCAAUCUGGCAGUGAUGUAGUUGUCAGUUCAACGGAAGUAAUAGGCCAGUGCUGUUCAAGUGGAUGCCUAACAAUUGAUUCAUCAGUGUUCAAUGCAUAAUUAGGAAUUGUUCAGUUUCAAGUGUCAUAAUUAACCUACGGAUUUUCAAGCACCAUAAUUUCUCUUUCAAGUCACAACUGAAGAUGUCGGUCUCAGUGCAACAAUGGCACGACACGGGCCUUCUAGUUGGCAUGACGUCACAGCUACUGGGUGCAUAUCCUUGAUGCAACGCCCAUGCUUAGGACCCACAACUCAUUAGUCGCCAAUUCGCACCAUGGAUGAAUGGAUGCUAAACGACCUGCUGGAGUGUUCAGUGUGUCUCGAGCGACUGGACACCUCCAGCAAGGUGCUGCCAUGUCAGCAUACUUUCUGCAAAAAGUGUCUGGAGGAGAUAGUGAGUACGCACAAGGAGCUGCGGUGUCCCGAGUGUAGGGUGCUCGUCGACAUCAAGAUAGACGAUCUUCCGCCCAACGUUCUGCUCAUGCGCAUUCUGGAGGGCAUGCGCAAUGCGGCACCCAAGAAGCGCAACUCUGGCGGACCACCGGCCAACAGACAUCCGCAACUCUACCAGCAUUUCCAUCAGCAACAACAACCACCUCAACAUCAACAACCGCCGCAACAACAGCAACAACACCUGCAUCAGUUGGCCACAUCGGUUAGUUCUAGCCAGGGAUCAGGGUCUAAUCCUCUCCUAGCGCAUUUGCCGCGAUUCUGUUACAACCCACACCAACGUCUCAUUAUGAUGCCUCAGAUGGGCAAAAGUGAGGGCAACCCUAAUCUCCCUGCUCAUGCCACAACUACUCUCAAUCAACCACCAACCUUUAGUUUCAAUCCUAAUCUCUCAUCAACUAAUCUCAAUCCACAUUAUCCGCCAACGAUCAGUUUCAAUCCUAACCUCCCAUCCACAGUUAGUCCCAAUCCUACUGGUCACACAACCCCUGCCAUAAUCAGAUUUAACACUAAUCUCUCGUCUGCUGUUCCUGGUUCAACAACUUCCAAUCCUAACCACCCCACAACUGUUAUCAAUCCCAAUUUCUCAGCUACAGGUCAACCAUCCACAAUCACCUUAAAUCCAAACCUCUCCUCUACCGUUCCGGUUACAACCUCUAAUCCCAAUCACUCUUCAACAGCUGUCAAUCCUUCUACCACUACUCCUGGAUCAACUACUGGUCAAUCAAUCCCCACCACAUCUACCCCUAACUCCUCAACCAAAAACGAUCCCAAGCCUGUUCAAAGAUCAUCCAACAACCAACAUCAACUCUUCUACUCGUUCCCACAGGCUAGACUAGUGGGUGAAAGCACUGCCACUCAAAUCGUUAAAGUCAACACAAUAUCCAGCUCAGCAGGUGGAGUAUGUCUCCCUAGACAUGGCGCCUCUGUUGUGUCUACUCACACAUCAAAUGGUCUCUCCAAUGGGGGACUGACGCAAACUUGUCCCCAUAGUUAUCCUGGGUUCGGAAGUAUAUCUUCUGUGGGAAUUGUGCCUCCUAGAACUCAACACAAUCCUGUUAGUAAUGCUACUAAUCCUGGUUUGGUUCCUGUAACUGGGCAACACCGUCUAUCUUACAACACAGUGUUGACUUCUACUCAGUCACCAACUAACCCACCUCAAAACUAUUUGUUGCUAUCAAAUUCAAGGAGUAGUCCCUCUCUAGGACCUGCUAAUUCUCAAAUAAGUUAUGCGGAAGCUAGUGGGUCGUCCAAUAACCAAACCCAUUCUUCUUCAAAAGUUACGUCAGUAUUUUCCCUGAACAAACAGCAAGUUGGUUUGUCUAGUGCAGCGAAUACAUCCACGAAUACUAGUCAAGCGAGUGUAACAUCUACAGGGAAUUUAUCAACAGUUAGGAAUGUAACAUCUAUGGGAAAUGUUUCAUCUACAGGGAAUGUAUCAACUAUUAGCACUAUCAGAAAUGUCACAUCUAUGGGUAAUGCAUCUUCUACGGGGGAUGUACCGUCUAUUAGAAAUAUGACAUCCAUGGGGGAUGAUACAUCACUUAACAAUCAACAGAGUUCAUCUCAAGCUAAUAUGACUCAAUCCAGUGCUACUUCAACAACUGUAUCAAUCAAAAAUCAACCUUCCAGUGGUACGAAUCAGUCUGUUCCGAACACUGAGAAACGGGCCGAAAAUAAGGACCGUUCUCGACCAAAUUCUGUGUAUCAGUACUCACAGUUGGCCGAUUGCAUUUCCCUUACAACAUCCAUGCCACCAACUAACCAAGAUAGGAAAGAAGAUGAAGACACGAACAACCUCGCUCCUCCUCCCCAACCUCCCGUCCGAUCCGAAAGCAUUGAUUGUGAUUCAAGUGCUGAACAGUCAUCAGUUGGCAAUACUGCUGUGAAGUCGGUUGGCAGCACUGAGUCGACCGCCGCUGCUAACCACCAGUCUGUUCCACUAAUCAAGGGGAUUAACCAACCAUGCGCAAGAGCCGUGUACGAUUACCUAUCAAAAAUGCCUGGUGAUCUUAGUUUCAAGGAGGGUGAUCUUAUCAUUUUGAGGCGAAAAAUAGAUAACAACUGGUAUCAUGGGGAAUGCCGGGGACAGUCUGGAGUGUUUCCUCUUAGCUAUGUUCAGAUUUUGACACCACUGCCGAAUCAUAUUCCACAAUGUAAAGCACUGUUCGACUUUCGUAUGAAUAAUGAUGAUGAAGAAGGAUGCCUUACGUUCAAUAAAGGUGACGUAGUUACUGUGAUAAGACGAGUGGAUGAGAACUGGGCUGAGGGACGGCUUGGUGAGAGAAUAGGCAUUUUUCCUCUGGCAUUCGUUGAACUAAAUAACGUUGCUCGAGCACUUAUGAAGUUAUCAAUCAAUAGUCAACCGGGACCAUCUCGCGUGGCGCCUCCCACUCCGACGGUGGACUCGGACGCCACUCCGCUCAUCCCGACAGACCACUCGGGCACCACCACCACCACGGUCACCACUCUGGUCACCACUACCUCCACCACUAGUACCACAACUACCCCCCACGCUCUGGCAUCAGAUGGCUCAACAUCGACCACUCUCACAUCACCUUCAUCAUCAUCGACAUCAUCGACGUCCUCCUCAUCCUCGUCCACCUCUCCCCCCACCUCAUCCUCAGCGUCAUCCCCCUCCUCGCCGCCUCCUCCCCCCUCGCAGUCGGCUGCCAAGCGCCACAGCUUCAAUGCUCUCCAGCAGCAGCAGCAGCCGAAUCAGCACAGUCAGCACAAUUUGCAGCCGCCCGAUCACCAUAGUCAGCAGCACAAUAACCGGCAUUCAGCCGAAAUACUCACCUCAAACGAAGUCAGCUCUACGACUGGGCCGCAUUCGUUGGCUGUCAUGACAAGUGGCAGCAACACGUCAUCCUGCAACACACCCACACACACCGAAUCACUACUGACACGUUCGGCCAGCCAACGUCGCCAUCACCAGCGCUCGGCCAGCGCAGAUGCACACCACACGUCUCACGUCACGCCACACGUGUCGCUACUGUUGCCGGGCAGCGCAGACGGACAUGGCACGCCACAUCACUCGUCUCACGUCACGUCGCACCACGUCACGCCACACGUGUCACUGCUACUGCCCGCUACCUAUGUGGCGCUCUACCCGUACAAGCCGCAGAAGUCGGACGAACUGGAGUUGAAGCGUGGCAACGUGUACACGGUGACCGAGCGCUGUCAGGACGGCUGGUUCAAGGGCACCAACAAGCACCAGAAGUGUGGCGUCUUUCCCGGCAACUAUGUCGCGCCAUCCAAAUCGCUGCCAGCAGUUCAGGCGCAACUUCGGGGUAUCGGGCGCAUCGCCAUAGUGGGAGGAGCAUCGGGGAGGGUGGGGGCAGGUGCGGCCACUAAUGCGCCACCCUCCCCCGAGCCACGGGCGGCCCACUUGCGGCAAGCCAAUGCUAGGCUACUCACUGCGCCCGGCUACGGCAAUGUUGUGGGUGGUGGAAGUAGCAAUCCCCCAGAGCUGCCUCCGCGGUCGGUGAGUCCGGGUAACACCAUCUCGUCAUCGUGGCACUCUGGCGAUGCAGCCACACACACACCCACCAGGCCACACAACAUGUCCGCCUCAGUUGGCAGCUCACAUCACGAUAACAGCAACUCGGUAGGAAGGAACUCACCCACUACUGUCACAACAUCACCUCCCAAUGUCACUGUCACUGCUUCCAAAUCUUCCGAAAAGGUGAAGGAGAAGAAAGAGCGUACCUCGGGCGGAGGCAUAAUGCGCAUAUUCAGCAUGAAGAAGUCACCUCCUCCACCACCCGCCACCUACUCCAUGGACAACCCCGUGUUCGAGGACGGAGGUACCAUUGCGCAUGCGCCAACUCCUCCCACCACCACUCACCACUCCCCUUCAGUGCAACAGCUCACGCCUGUACAUGUCAGAUCGGGAUCGUGUCCGAGUCAGCUGUUGCAAGUGACCCCGUCGACCAAUGAGAGGUCUUCGCCGUCGCACCACCAUCACCAGCAUCAUCAUCAUCGACUGUUCAGUCCAUCCUCGUCGCAGCGUCUCAAGCACAAGGAGCGGCCCACGAUUAACGGCGCUCACUUUGCGUCUCCCAGAUCAUCAGGCGGAGAAUCAAGCUUUCAGACGCCGCCACCGCAGCACCAUCGCAAGUCGAAUUCGCUGGACGCCAGUGCCACUCUUGGAGGUGGUGGUGGUGGAGGAGGUGGUGGAGGGGGCAGUUCGACGACCAAGCAGCAGCAGGCGGGGAGUAAGCAGCUGGUGCCUGUGGUGAGGGAGCGCUUCCGCUGUAUAGUGCCUUAUCCGCCCAACAGCGAUUACGAACUAGAGUUGCAGGUGGGAGACGUGAUCUACGUGCACCGGAAACGGGACGACGGUUGGUACAAGGGCACCCAGCAACGCACCGGAAAGACGGGGCUCUUUCCCGCCAGCUUUGUCGAGUCAUUCUAGUGCAGUACAGUGCAGUGCAGUGCAAGCAGCUAAAUCUUGUGCAGAUUCCUACCGGAUCCGAUUCUUACAUCUUUCUUUUUGCAAUUUUGCAAAAAACAUAAUUUUACUGAACAUCCAUCCAUUUCUUAAUGUAACAUAAUACUCCACGUAAAAGUACACAUGAUACAUUCAUGUUUUGAAUAAUAGCCUUAUAUAUGUAAAUAAAUUUUGUACGAACAAAAACACGGUUUUAGAAUUAUCAAGCCAUACAUCAAUGUUGAAUUGAUGAAAAAUGACUAUGAUUUGAAGAAUUGUUUUCUUCUCAAAGAAGAAUUUCUCUUAUUUUGAAUAGAUGUAGUUUACGAAUUUCUUAUUCAAUUUGACAUUUAUCUGUUACUUAUUAAUAGAAAAUUUCAAGUGCAAUCGAGCAUAAAUCAAUAUAAUUUUUAUUAUAAUGCAAGAUAUUGUAAAUUAAUGCAAAACUCACAUAAUUUUUCAAAACAAAACUGUUUUUAAUUUAAAAGUUGUUUUGAUUUUUUCUGUUUCUAUCUUCGUAUUCAAGUAUUUGAAUUUCGAUUAAAACCCUAUCGGGCGUUGUUGUAAUAUUGCAAUGUGUUAUUGAAAAAGUGAUUUUCGUCCGUCCUUAGGCAAAAUAUAUGUAUCCUGUUCUAUUUAUUUCGGUUUCUCACCAGUGGCUCGGAACUCACCUAAAGUAUUUCCACCAUAAAUCCUUUAAUCGUUGUUCAUAACUUUUAUUCACUGUUUAAGGUAAGGGUUUGUCUCUGUGAAUUAUCUUGUUUCCGCUAGUUGUUUCAAUAAUUUGUUGAGAAACUUGAGAGUGAAAAUUGAUGCAGUGCUGUUGAAACAUUUUAUUCUUGCUAUUUCAUCGGACACUGAAAAAAGUUGAAAGUUUUAAAUAAAACAUAUCGUAGUUUCGAAUCCGCAAUCAACUGAAAUUAUGUAAGUUUUGCAUCGUCCUAUAUAAUUAUGGCUUGUAACGUAUAUUUAAUGAAUAUGUUUCUAUUUCUUGGUUGAAAAUGGUGUUCAAAUCAAGUGUUCCAUAAACAUUUACGAUCCCAUUAUUGCCUAUUUCUAAUGAUAUUUUAUAACUAGAUGAAUAAUGUUGUCAAACAUUGUAGGAGUUCAUUGAACUAUCAAACACUGUCUUUAAAGGUCAAUCAAAUUUAAUGUGAUCUUAGAUUUUAUCGUAAUUUUUUGAAUGAAGAUUUCAAAAAUGUUGUUUUAUUUACUCGACUGAUUAUUGAAAAUUAUUGUCACUUUUAGACAAAUCUAAAAAUCAAAUUCUCGGAUAUAAAUAGUUCCCAAUAUAAUGAUGUUGUAGCAAUUUUUGAAUUAUGAAUAAGUUAAAUGUAAUAAAAUUAUAUUAAUGGCUUCCUCAGAAUCUUUUUGGUUCGAAUAUCGAGUCUGCUAUAGGUUAAAUUGAAACAGGUUUUCCAUCACAUUUUUAGUAGUUGUAUUUAUCGAUUGUAAUUUAUUUAUUCGUAUGCAUAAUAAUAUAAACAAAGUGAAUGAGCUCUCUUUUUAAUUUUUCUCGUUUCUAAUAUAAUGCUGUUGAAAUAUUUCUAAAUUGCUGUGCAAUUGAUAUCGUGUGAAAGAGGUUUGCUCAAAUUAUGUGUUCAGUACUUUUAAUUCGUUUGCAAACCUAUUUGGAUUUACAAUUUUAAAACUCACGUAAUUAUCAAUGCAUAUGAUAUUGAAAUUGACGUAUUUGUUAAUGAAUAUGAUAUUAGAAGUGUUAAUGUGAGAGGAAACAAGUUUUUAUACUUGAACCACGACUCAUAAUUAUAACAUUUUCCGAUAAUUGGUUUAUAAUAUUGCGUUAUUUUUGACAGCCCCGAUUGUGUUCUAUUUUCGAUUAUUUCGCGUUUAAUUUUUUCUAUUUCAAUAAUUUUUGUUGAAAGAAUCGUAGACUGUUUUCAAGCCAGCAUAUGACAAGUUUUAUAUUACUAGUCUUAAGUUAAUGCAUAACUGAUAGACAUAAUUUAAAAUUGAAUUACAGAAUGAAUGAAAUUGUCGUGAUAAUUUGAACAAAUCUUAGGGAUAACCCUGAAAGAGCCAAGAAAAAUCGCCUAAUUCCUGACGAUAAUACUUUUAUCACUCUAAGAAUUGACGGCUUCCAUCUCAAAUCUGAAUUAAUUCGAUCUUUUCCCAUCAAAUUGAUUAUUGCUCAUAUUCAGUUUUUGAGAUUUCAAAAUACUGAACCAAGUUUAAAAACUAUCUUUACUCAUUAGAUCAAUUUAUACUUUUUUAGUUUCUGAUGCUUCAAAAUAUAAACCCUCUCUAGAAGAGGUAGAAAUUAAUUGAAGUUUUUUGAAGAAUCUAUAGAUCUGCUAUGUGCCUCUUCAUUUUUCAAAUUUUGGAUGAAUUUCGGCGCUUUAUAUUGAUGCUUGUCAGAGGUUUCACAAUUGCACAGCCAUAAUUAUUCAUCUAUUGUCUCUUAUCAUCUAUAAAGUUGAAAAUUUGUUUUUCUAGUCUAAUCGUAAUGUAAAUUUUCUGCCAAAUUUCUGCCUGCCAAUUGAAAACUAUACAAAUUGAAUCUUUCAUUCGAUAUGAUGAAUUAUGAAUAUGUAAUUACUUUUAAAUUUAUAAUCAAUGAGCUUUUAUUGCCUAGUUUUUUCUGCACUUGAAGCAUCCACAUUGAAUGAACCUCAUUGAGUCUCAGAAUCGUGCAUUGAUAUUAUGAUAUUAUUAACACAAUAAUUGGUAACAUUUUUCUAUCUUUGAAGGAAAUUUUAACCUUGAAUUGCUCCUUUUAUCUUCCCAAUAACAGAUAUUAAAAAAAAAAAGAAUAUCACCUAUUAUUGUUAUUGUUGAUAAUUUAACAAAAAAAACUCUUCUCACACAUGAAAUUUUAGUAAUUUUUUUAUAAUUCUGAACAAAUCAAUUUUUUAGUAAGCAAUGUCUUGUUUGAUUCAGUUAGGCAUUGAAUUGAAUUCGAUUUCUGAACAAAUAUUUUUAGUUGAGUAGUAAUCUUCCCCAACACCCCAAGUGGAAACUUCCACUUUCUAUUGAUUAUUCUAAUUCCAUCAGGUAGUCUUUCCACAAUCCAUGGUAAAUUAUCAUCAGAUUCAUUCUUCUAUUGCAAUGAAUAUUCUACUUUCUAAUUUAAUCCAUCUAUCAUCACUUGGUAAAGCCAUUGUUAUUUAUUAUUUAUUUCAACAUUGUUGUGUUUAACGUCUCCUCUAAUGAUUAUAUGUUGAUACUUGUACAUGUUACUCAUGUUAUUGUUGUAAAAAUAUUGAUUAAUACAUACAUUUCUGUCCAUACAAUACGUAUUAUUUAUAAACGCUUAUUUAUCGUAAUUAAUAUUAUACAAGUUAACUGUCUAAUUUUUAUCACCAUGUUUAUAUAUAUGUAACCUAUUACUCUUAUUGUAUUCUAUGAGCUUAUAUUAUAUGUAUUUGUUUAGACAUGAUUAUUAUAAAUUAAUAAAAUUCAAUUGUUUUUGAAAACUAGUGUAAUAAAAACUAUUACUAAUGAAAUGUACAAAUAGUGUGGAUGAUGAUAAUUAUUAUUAAUAUACAUCUGUAUUGUAUAACCAUUGAUUCGUUUUGUUGUAUGCAUUGAGCCAAAAGUUGAACUGUCAGCAUUAUAGCCCAUCACGUAAAUUAUAUUUAUUUAUUGUAAUUACUUUGUACUAUUCAUUUGUUGAAGUGUAAGAACAAACUUCAUUAUUAAUCAAACAUAUUUAUUGUUAUUAGUUUCAUAUCAUGUUUAGUACAUUGGACAAAACUGAAACAUUGCAAUUUUUUUGAAACUACUUUUGGUCUGAUUUGAAUUUUUGUUUUUUCCAAUUCUGAAUUCUUUGUUGCACUAGUUUUAGUAUGGUAAAACAGAAUUUUAGAACCGGUCUUUUUUAUUUAUUUAUGUUUAGUCAAAUCAACAAAUUUAUUUGAAUUGAGUGUGGUGACCGCAUCACCAGGAUUGAGAAGAAAGUUUAUAUGCAGCUCUACUUCCCAUUUAGCACAGCAUUGUAAACAAAACUUUUGUAUCAUUAUAAAAAUCUUACAUUUUAGGAAAAUUAUAACAAAGUAUUUAAAA